ACAUCACCAACACACCUACCAUCAAAUAAGCAACUACUAUUCAGCACCCGCCGUCUCCAAACCUCAAGACCCUAUACUCCUCAUCACCUAUCCUACCGCGCAACCAUGUUGAUGCGUCUAGUCGUUCUAUCUGCCAUGGCAGCCUCAGCCUCGGCACUAUCCGUGUGCUUUUACGGCAGUGGCUUAAGCACCGUUGGGUGCUGCAGCCAAGACGACCGCUGCCCUACUAGAUUCAGGGGCCAUUCUAACCCACGUGCCAACCAAGUGAUCACUUGUGAUGGCAUAGCCGGAUGCUGAGAGAGCUGGGUAGCGGGUUACAUGGGCGAGCGACCCCAAACAUGCCAACCUGUGGGGCGGCGCACGCAGUAAUCCAAGGGCAAGCGGGAAAGGGAUGAUAUCAAGGGUCUCCGAAGAGCAUCCAUCCAGACAACGCAUUCACACAAACGGAGGAGUACCCAUAAAGCUUGUUCUGAAGCAAACAAUUGUUAUCCCUACACUAUCAAACUCAGUCAUUCAUUACUACAACCAAAAUCAUACAGUAUGUCCUA